CGGGAAGCCACUGAGAGGAGCGGCUAGAGCGGCCUGCGGCCCCGGGGCGGAAGCUCGGCGCGGGGAGGCCGGAAGCGCGGGGUGGGGGCAGCGGAGCCGCCGAGGCGUGGCGGCAGAAUGACACGAUGGACGCGGGCGGCGGCCCCCUCCUCCCCGACAGCGUCCUCUACGAGAUCUUCCUCUACCUGGACCACGUAGACGUGCUCUCGGUGGGGCUGGUGUGCCAGCAGUGGCACGCCGUGGCCCGCGACGAGUUUCUAUGGAAGGAGCUCUUCUACCGCUACUACCGCGUUUCCCGGGAGGUGCCCCGGCACCCAGCUGCAGUCUCCUGGUAUGAUGAGUUCCAGAGGCUCUAUGACACCAUCCCUUGUGUGGAAGUGCAGGCCCUGAAGGAGCACAAUGACCAGGUUUUGCACCUCAGCUUCUCCCACUCUGGCUGUUUGUUUGCAUCGUGCUCCAAAGACUGCACUGUCAAGAUCUGGAGCAAUGAGUUGGACAUCUCCCUGCAGCACAGCUCCAACAUGAGGCCCUACAACUGGAGCUACACGCAGUUCUCCCAGUUCAACUCUGAUGACUCCCUUCUUCUGGUGUCAGGUGUCUUUGUGGGGCCUCACAACUCCUCUUCAGGAGAAAUUGCUGUAAUCAGCAUGGAGAACUUCACGCUGCUUUCCAGGGUGAGGAAUAAACCCUAUGAUGUGUUUGGCUGCUGGCUGAAUGAAACCAACCUGAUAUCUGGCAAUCUGCAUCGGAUUGGGCGUAUAACCUCCUGUUCUGUGCUGUGGCUGAACAAUGCUUUCCAGGGCAUAGAAUCUGAGAAUGUGAAUGUAGUGAAGAGAUUAUUCAAAAUCCAGAACCUGAAUGCCAGCACUAUCCGGACCGUGAUGGUGGCUGACUGCAGUCGGUAUGAUUCCCCAGACCUGCUCCUGGACUACGAGGAGCAGCUAGCUGCUUCUUCCACCUGCCCAGUCCUUGAUCUUGGCAGUGACAGCGAGGAAGAGGAGGCCAAGCCCAAGCAGACUUCAGAGCCAGCAGUACAGGAAUUGCCAGAUGAUGGGGGUGUGACAGCAGAAGACGGGCUGCAGCAGUUCUUUGAUGAUAUCAUGGAGGGCCGUGUGAGGCCUGCUAUGACCGAGACAGAGUUGGAGACAAAGGUGGCUGAGCUGUUUGUACGCAACAGAACUAAACCGCCUGAGCUGAACCUGCUCUCCAUGGACAGCAACAGCAAGACAAAAUAUUUAAUCUUCACCACAGGAUGCCUCACCUACUCCCCACACCAGAUAGGGAUUAAAAGGAUCCUGCCCCAUCAGAUGACGACUGCUGGCCCAGUGCUUGGGGAGGAGAGGCGCUCAGAUGAGUUCUUUGACUCACUGGAUCACGUCAUCGACAUCCACGGGCACAUCAUUGGCAUGGGCCUCUCCCCUGACCACAGGUACCUGUAUGUGAACAGCCGCGCCUGGCCUCGGGACUGCGUGAUCUCUGACCCGAUGCAGCCACCCCCCAUCGCCGAGGAGAUCGACCUGCACGUGUUCGACCUGAAGACAAUGAAGGAGGUGAAGAGAGCCCUCCGUGCGCAUCGGGCCUACACACCCAACGAGGAGUGCUUCUUCAUCUUCCUGGAUGUCAGCAGGGACUUCGUGGCAAGUGGUGCAGAGGAUCGCCAUGGCUACAUCUGGGACCGGCACUACAACAUCUGCCUGGCCAAACUGCAGCACGACAACGUGGUCAACUCGGUGGCUUUCAGCCCGGUAGAGCAGGAGCUGCUCCUGACAGCCAGCGACGACACCACCAUCAAGGUGUGGCGCUCCCCUCGCGCGGUGCGCGUCCAGCAGGCCAGGAAGCCCCGGCCCAGGAAACUGCUCUUCUCCUGGCUUAUGAACCAGAAGAGCUGAACCCGGGUACACCUGCACCUGCAGCUUCCUCACUGCAGCCAUCUGCUCUGGAGCUUGCAGAGCUCCGAGCCCUGCGCAACAGAGACGAGCUCUGGGCACACAAAUCCCAUCUGCUGAGUCAGGAGGGACCCCAGUAGCAGGAAUUGCUUCCUCCUUGGGGCAUCUUCUUCAAAGACAGAACGUAAUAGCUGAGGCCCUGUUCCUUGGCCUGGCGGGCAGCAGCCUGAGCUGGUCACUGCAGGGUAGGCUCCCCACAGCUUCUCACGAACGCUGCUACUUGGUCACAGCUCUCUCUGGGUGAACUUUGGUCUCUGAGAACAGACAGGCACGUCUCCAGCGUUUGUACUGUGUGAACCUGGGACGUGGCUGACCUCACCGAGAGCUACCAGCUGCAGAGCACUUGGCAGAAGCCACGGUACAGUGCUAUGCUGCCUUACUGCAGGACUCUUUUAACAUAGUAGUUUUAUGAAUGUUUGUCUGUCCCAAACCUCCACAGGCAACUUAUUUGGCUGCUGGAUAAUGCUGAGUGCCUCCUCUCAUACUGAAUCUUGGCCCUGGAAGGCAGUGGCAGGGCAGGGGGAGAGGCAGGCAGGGCAAGGGGGGGCCUGGCGAUGCCUUCUGUUAGCAGCUAUGUGUUGAUAAUCAACAGUUCCCGAACUUGAGGGUGGGGAGGGCUGGUGGUAACAUGGUGCUGGCUUUGCCUGUCUUCCUCUGUUAAGUAGCAUUUAAAUAAGGUAUGAUAAUGGCAAGGUACUUAUUCUAGGGGAUCUGCUGUCCCUUCCCAAGGGGCAGCUGUGAGGAUGACUGGUGGGUCUUGUGGUCACCUCCCUCCCAUGCUACUUAAGUCAUGGCACUUUAGGUUCUUUUGGUAUGUUCUCUGUGAAUAGAUGUAGGCACCCACGGGUGGCUGCAGGUAUUCACCCAUAGGUGACCAGGGGGAUGCAGCCCUCCUCUGCUUGAAGUGACAGUUGAAUAAGCUUCCUUCCACCUGGGCUGACUUGCUGUGGGUUUAGUGAUCAGCUCCUUCCUUCCCGGGACCUCUCUGGUAGUGGAGAAGGCUCACUUGAAGCGAUUACAAACUUGAUGAUGUUUAUUCUGUAUAUGUCCCUGAAGCUUUCCUCCCUGCAGCAGGUACCCAAAUGUAAGAGUCUAAAAUUAAGCUCCUAAUCUUGACUUGGGCCAGGUGGUUGGACCCCAGGAGCUGGGCUCUGGGCAGUGGCUGGAAAGGAGCAGUGUCCCAGGCAGGGGCUGGGGGAGGUGUUUUGGGACUCCCUUGGGAGCACUAGCAGCAGUUGUCUGUGCCACUCCCAGCCUUGGGUUGCAAAUAGAUUUAAUGGAGGCAGCAGAUACUGCCUUGAUAUGCACUGAUGGCUUUAGCAGCUCCUGUGGGCCCUGGCAGGAGGGCUUGUACCUUUGCUCUGCUGUGACCCAGCAGGUGCCCAUGGCUUUAUCCAAAACCCCUGUACUCAGGUUUUCUGUCAUAGUAGGCCUUCCAGAAACAAGGGAGUCCUUUGUGUAUGUGCAUACAAAAUCCACAUCCAGCGCUCUGUCCAGUCACACACCAAAGGAACAGCUGCUGCCUUCCUCCCUCCUCCCCCAAGAUUGUGAAAUCUCUUCUCCCUUGGCUUGGUGUAGUAGUGAGCAAGGCACUGAGGGUUUAUGUUUGUACCAAGUUUUGCUCUUCACUAGGGCACUGAAUAAAUAUUCUGCUAAAGCA